UUGAAUAAUUUCAUUUAUGUAAUUAUCCGUAAUAUUAUCGCAUUUCAGCUGUGAUAAUUGAGAUUAUAAAAUAAUUCAGGUAAUAUGAUUUGCUGGCGAACCAAGUUGCUUGUGUUACCAAAUUUAAAGAUUUUUGCAAUUCUUUUUGCUGUUCCGACUAUUGCUGCAAUUAUUUGCAACUUUAUAGUGGUUAUAAUAAUAACUAAGUUAAAAAAAAAGCCAGUUUCCAAGUAUCUUUUGUUGUCUCUAUCUAUUUCUGAUUUGCUUGUUGGCAUGAUACUUGGUCCAAUAACCUUGACACAAAUUUUAAAUAUUAGUCUGCUAUCAAACUGUACAGCGCAUUUUAUUCGUGGUUACGUAAUAGUUUUACUUGUUGGAUCAUCUUUGUCAACAUUAGCUGUGAUAUCAUAUGACAGAUACUUGCUGUUGACCAAGCUUUCUAACUAUAAUCAAUAUAUGAGCAAAAAGAAAGGACUUUCACUCAUUGGUUUUUCGUGGGUUUUUCCUGGGUUGGUACCUAUCGUCAGGACAUUCAGUAUGACAUUAUAUGUUGUUUUGUGUAUUAUAAAUUUUACCUAUCCUAUUAUUGCACUUGGAUCUUUUUAUUUUUUACUAACCAAAAAAGUUUAUAAAAGAGAAAUUGAGUUUCGUCAAAAUAAUCGAAUAGCUCCUAGUAAUGAUGUUAUUCAAAUUAACACGCUUUAUAAUAAUGAAGACAACUUAACCAAAUUAUCUGUAAACUAUUUCUAUAUUAAAAAUCUGAAAAAGUAUAAACACCAUGUUAAAGUGGCCAAGUCUGCUACUUUAUUAUUUACGUGUUAUCUUGCAUUUAUAUUUCCUUUAAACAUUUGGAUGAUUUUAGAACUUUCGAACAUAGAGUAUCACGCCACUUCUCAUCGAAUUUUUUACUUGUGUGGAAUAUUCCUUAUGCAAGUCAAUUCUUGUAUAAACCCGUUAAUUUACUAUGUAAAACAAAAGGAUAUAAAAAAAGGGUUCCGUCAAAUUUUCAAAUUUAUUAAAGUACAAAAAAGUAUUUCUAAAAAGUUUAAUAUGUCGGAGGCCAUUGAGACAACAAACGACUUUCGGUAGAAUCGAUUUCUAAAGAGAAACGAGUGUUGCAGACAUGAGAAGCAAACAUAACAUCAUAAAGUUUUAAUUGAUUUAAAUUAGUAAUAUUAACUGAUAAUGUACAGUAAAAAUAAAAUAAAUUUUUUUUAAUGAAUAUUAUUAAAUUGACAGCUUUUAUGCAUUAAUAUAUAUAUUUUUGAAAUUUAAAGUUUGGUUUUUACAUCUAGUUGAUUCCUUCUAUUAAAUAUUAUUUACCGUAAUAUCUACAGUGCUGGUUGUUUUUUAUUUGUAAAAACGCUUAAAAAGACACGUAAAAACAAUAUACAUGCUUCAGCCAUGAUAUGCUAGAGUAGACGCUAAUUGUAUAAGAAUUUCAGUUAAUGAAAUAAAGAUCAAGUUCAGCAGAACAUUUAGUACUCUUAGAAUAGAUUUGAUUGAUAAGCUGCUAAAGCAGAUUGCACAAUACUGACAAAAUGCAAAUGCACCUUACUUAACUAAAAAGUACAUUCCUAGAAGAGUGAAUUAGAUUUUAAUAAGUAAGGAUAAAGAUGAAACAUAAAAACAUCCGUGUUAAUG